AGAAAGAGAUGGAGAAAGAGCUUUAGAAUAAAGCUGCUUUCCAUAACCCUCCUGCUCCAUAUAAAUCUGUACUGACUUUACACCCAAUGAAUCUGGUAGGAUGGCACUGUAGACUCUUGAAGAUCUGGGGUCCCGUAAGUAAUAGCCAGCACUGCUGACCUAGCUGAUCUGUUCUUAAUCCAGCAGGCUAGUGAGUCACUCCCACAGACAGGGAAGAGCUGCAGGACCUGGCUGCCUGGAAAAUUUACCUUUGUUCAGUGGUUUAGAAGGAGUUAUUUUAUUGCUCUGGGAACUUUCUCCUCUGGUGGCUGCUGUGGAAUUUGGAGCACUGCAAGGAUCUCUUGCUGUCAGAAGGCUUUGUUCUUUCCCAGUGUCCCACCCAUCUGUGGAAAUGAGCUGUGCUGAGUCUCAUAAGGUGGCUACUCUUUCCUCAAUUUCUCUGAAGAACGCCAGUCCCCCUCAAUCACAUGUUGUCUACAAGAAGAUGUCCCGUGAUAAAGCUGUGACUAUCUACCUGGGAAAACGAGACUUCAUUGACCACAUAGAUGGUGUGGAACCUGUAGAUGGUGUCUUGUUAGUGGAUCCCGAGAUCAUCAAGGGGAAGAAGGUGUAUGUGACUCUGACCUGUGCUUUCCGGUAUGGCCAAGAAGACAUUGAUGUGAUGGGUCUGACCUUCCGAAAGGAUCUUUUUUUCUCUAGGAUACAGUUGUAUCCACCAGUGGAGAAAUGGGAAUCUCUCUCCCAAUUGCAGGAAUGUCUGAUGAAGAAGCUGGGGAACAAUGCUUACCCUUUUGUUUUAACAUUUCCAGACUAUCUGCCCUGUUCAGUUUCCCUGCAACCAGCCCCUAAUGAUGUCGGGAAGUGCUGCGGGGUGGACUUUGAGGUGAAAGCUUUCUGUACAGAGAACGUGGAAGAGCGAAUUCCCAAAAGGAAUUUUGUACGCCUGUUGAUCCGUAAAGUACAGUUUGCCCCAGAAGAACCAGGACCCCAACCUCAAGCUGAGACCACCUGGCAGUUUUUCAUGUCCAGCAAGCCACUGCACCUGAGAGCACGUCUAAGUAAAGAGGUGUUUUACCAUGGCGAGCCCAUUCCUGUCACUGUCACCGUGACCAACAAUACAGAGAAAACAGUGAAGAAGAUCAGAGUGCUGGUGGAGCAAGUUGCCAAUGUGGUUUUGUACUCAAGUGACUAUUACACGAAGGCGGUAGCAAUGGAGGAGGUGCAGGAGAAAGUGCAGCCAAAUAGUACCAUCACCAAGACAUUGAUACUUCUGCCCUUGCUGGCAAAUAACCGUGACAAACGGGGCAUAGCACUGGAUGGAAAGUUAAAGGAUGAAGACACAAACUUGGCUUCCAGUACCAUUAUUAAGGAUGGGAUCGACAAGACGGUGCUGGGGAUUCUGGUUGCCUACAAGGUGAAGGUGAAGCUCGUUGUCUCAGGCAUGCUGGGAGAUCUCACCUCCAGUGAAGUCAGCACAGAGCUUCCAUUCCGUCUCAUGCACCCCAAGCCUGAGGAGCCGAACAUAAGAGUGCCCAGGAUGAAAACCUGGUAUUUGAGGAGUUUUCUCGUCAACAGCUGCAAGAUUUGGAUGAAGAUGAGAACAAGGCUGUUUCUCCAAAUGAUGAGUGACUGUGAGAACAGGCUUCUGGAGGAGCUACGGGGUCUGAUGGUAGUUACAAACAUGUUAGGAUGUAGUUUUUUGUUUGUAUUAAACUGCCAGGUAUUGCUGUUGUAAUGUGAUCUCUCUAGGUGCGCUGUCAGCAGCAGGGAUCGAACUCUGGAACAGUGGAUCUAAAGCAUGAUCCUCUCCUGCCUGGACUAAAAGACCUGGCUUUGUUAGCCAAAGGAUGUAGCAGACUCAAACUUCUGUGGUUCAGCCACUAGAGGUGAACAGAGAGGAUGAGUCAAUGUUUAUUUACGAUGCUACCAAAUAAAAAGGAUAGGUGGUUACACCACUUAUUAAAGCCAAGCUGAUGAUGUGUCUGUAGUGUCUGAAUUUUCUCCUAGUUUGCUUA